GUCGGGUCUCCACUGAUGCCGAGAAUUACAAACGCAGCGGCUGUGGUGUAAGGUCGAAGCAAACAAGGGGGCGGGAGGGAGGGAAAAAUCCAGAGGCGAUGGCGUUUUGGGGCACUCGAGUGAUGGAGAUAGUGAAGAAGCACGACUCGGGAGGCCUGGUUUGGAAGAGGAUCAAGCUCACCUCCACCCGCAAAGCCAACGCCAAGAAGCGCCUCCUUCGCGUCUGGCAGAAUGAGGCUGUCCUCAAGGCAUGUUCAGAAGCACCUCCCUCGAAAACUUCUGGGCUUGCUGCUGAUGCUACUGCAAGAUUAGAAGGAAAGAAUAAUCAAGUUGGCAAUGAAGAAUUGUAAGAAAAUUGUGUUUGGAGCAGUGCUACUGAUAUGUGGCCUACAGAAAAAGGCAAUACAGAAAAGAAGCAUCUUUGCCUCUUAGUUCAUUUUUUUUAUCGACCAUGUGGAGCUGAUACAGUUGCAAUGGUACUCCUAAGCUUUUUAGUUGCAGGUAAAACUUCCUUGAGGGCUUAAUCACGCCUCGUCCAACUUUUGAUGCUUAGUGCUUUUACUUUGUAAGUCUCUGAAUGCUGUCAUCUUCAUUCCAC